AUGUCGCAAAAGUCGAGGCUUUUCUUCGGUGAGACUGCAUCUACUACAAAUAACAAUACCUUUACUGGACGUUAUUUGCAGUGCAUCAUACAUUGCUGUAUCUUGUUUCACAGUACAAAAGUAGACUUACCCAACAGCAUUCCAUCCCACAUACUGACUUCCCCAGUGGCCGACGACAAGUCCCAGAUAACAGCCCUCCUCCAUCGCUAUGGCGCCGUUCUAGCAUCGCACUCCAUCCCCGAAGUGCUGUCCAUCUACACAGACGACGGCGUCAUCAUGGCCCCCGGUUACGCCCCAGCGUGCGGCCGAGAUGCACUGAAGGCCGCCUACGAGCGCAUCUUUUCGACUGUCAAGCUGGACAUUGAGUUUGAGAUUGACGAGAUUGUUGUGACCGGCGAGGAGUGGGCUUUCGCAAGGACGACGGCUGAGGGCACGAAGCACUGGCUGAAGAAGGGGACGCAGGAGGAGCAUAGAAAUCAAGAGCUGUUCAUGUUGAAGCGUGAUGAGGGGGAGUGGAGGAUUGCGAGGUAUUGCUUUUCGAGUAUGAAGCCUAUAGUGUGA